CUAACCCUAGCCUUGCCUCAAACUGCCACUCUUAUGCGUCAGAAUAUAAUGAUGUAAUUACGUGGGAAUGAUCUCCGGGGAUUCUCUGCGUAGGCCUUCAGCUGUUCGAUGACACGCUACUCCGGCGCACCUCUCUGACCGUCUUCCCGGUGUCAGUGUCCUUUUGGCUUAGGAGUCUGUUCCCUCACCCCUUUCUCUGGAAGGGGUCUUCUGAGGCCAGACAGCUCUGUCGCUCAGAGCUCACAGCAUAGGAAUGAAACCCUUUAGAUACCACGAUUCGAUGGGUGAUGGAGGCUAGGUGGUUCGACUUGAAUUCACCCACUUAGACACAGCUACUCAUACGUAGUUUGGGUAGAAAAGGAUUUCUUUGUCCUUAAACUUGCGUUGUUUUCUGGGUUUGUUGACUUUUUUAGACCCUGCUGCAGCUGGGGUCACGUAGUCUUAUUGUAAAUUCUAUACUCACAGGUUUUAUACCCUUGGGUCAGAAGUGGGCGUAGCCGCCUUUAGGGUAAUUCUCUGGGUGUACCAAGUUAAUGAGGCAAGGGCUAGAUUUUUCUCAAAUCCCAUUUUAGACAACUAACUUAACAUUUCAUCCUCCCCAAAACAUUAUCUUUGAUUUGGAUAUUUUCCAUACAACGUACAAUGUAUAAACAUCAAACAUAUACUAGGAAAACCCUUCACAUUACAAUGUUUUUGUAAUAACGUCAUCUAUUAACCUUUAAGAACAGAACAAAAAUGACGUACAUUUUCAUAGUCCAUCUAUCGUCAUGACCACCAUUGUGGCUGAUGAAAACCCUUGUUCCAAAGUCCCUUAAGUUCAUGUUUAAUGUUCUGAGGCUGGUUCUCUAUAGGGACAGGACAAAGGAAUUUUUCUGUGGCCUGAGAUGUACCAGGGUCGUGGGGGCCAUAAAACCCCCCCACGUCUUCAGACCCCUAGAUCUCUCCUUCUCUGUUGGGGUUGAGAGAUAAUCUGUAGGGUUGUGGUCUCCUGUAACCUGACCUGAUCAAGACAGUCAUGACACAGGUUUAAUCCUCAUUGUGAUUCCCACAGUAAUAUAACUGUUCAUCGGGAAGCAGCAGAAUUAAUUAUCAAGAUGUUGGUAGUUUUUUAAAUGCUUGGGGCUCCCGAGUGGCACAGCAGUCUACGGCAAUGCAUCUCAGUGCUAGAGGCAUCACUAAAGACCCUGGUUCGAUCCCGGGCUGUAUCACAAUUGGCCGUGAUCGGGAGUUCCAUAGGGUGAUGCACAAUUGGCCCAGCGUCAUCUGGAUUAGGGAAGUGUUUGGCCAGGGUAGACCUUCAUUGUAAAUAAGAAUGUGUUCUUAACUGACUUUCCUAGUUAAAUAGAGGUUACAUUUAAAAAAUGACAGAUAGUAGGGCUGUCGGAAAGACACAGGUCACGUGCACUGUCCUACUCUGUGUGUUUUGUGUUCGUUUUGUUCAGAGCCAUUUGUUUCACUGACCAACAAAGGCAAUGAUACUGUAUGAUGGACUCUGAUGUUGAAACAUGCGAUCGAGUUCCCUCCCAUUGUGGCGUUUCAGUGAUCCUACUAUGCUUGUUUCCAGAAUGUCCUGUCCCUGGAAAGUGAAACAUAUACACUAUCCGCCUUUCAAGAGGUUAGGUUAAGAAUUAGUAAGACGUCAUUGGACACACAGCCAGUGUCAUUAUGAUUUACGAUACAAAUGCCACAUCUAAAACGAGCAUGUUCUUAGGACGUGCUGCGAUUUAGAUAGCAGACACAGUAGCAUCUUUUCUCUCCUGGUUGUAAUUCAUGCAAUCGGUUUAUCAGGUGACCAAAGAAAAAAACACUGGAUAUAUAAAAUGGUGACUUGGUGUGGUUGGGAUCUUAGAUUCCUGUUUUUUUAUGGCCAUAUAAGGAGUUAUACAUGUGACAGAGUAACAGAGAGCUCCUCUCAGCAUUAAAAAAAACAGUCACCAAGCGGUCAUAUGACAAACAUGCCGUUAAAAUUGCGGAAUUUAGAUCGACAUGUGGUUUCAAGAGGUUAAACCUAUGUAACCCUAUGUUCAUAUCAUUACUAUCAUGGACUAUAUUAUGAGUUGAAAUGAUAACUGAAAGAGAACAAGUCUGGAAAGUUAUUAGAAUAAAGAUUUCGCCCCACCAUACUGCUCAACUUGUCUAUAUCUCACUAACUCAACAAAUACCUUGGCCAUUUGACUCAAGAAUGACAUUGACUUGCAAGGUACAGGGCUGUCAACUGAAAUUUAUAGCAGUCUCCUCCAGGCUUUGGUCUGGAGACCAUAAAAGGAAAAUGUCCCUUGGUUGCCAGCGUGGCAGAAGUCACACCCAAAAUCAAUUAGGUCUGCUGCACAGGUCACAGCAAAAUACACAAUACACAAUUGUCUUCUAUUUGCUUAUCAAUAUGCCCCACCAAAUAAACUACAUAGGGGUCCAGCAGCACGUCGGUUUAGUUUGCUUUCGCUCGAGGUCCAGCUGUGAUCACAGACCCGCCCAUUUAUCCAAACGCGGGAGACCGCGCAGGAGUCGCGUCUCCAACUGACACGGUCGAAAGCCAAUGAAAAAAGCUUCAAAGUGAAAGUCAUACUCUUGCAUAUCCAAUGGGAAUGAGCAAAAGGCCGACUUUUUGGAAUCAGAUUUGGUUGAAUGGCAACCCAACAACAACGAGCAGUAAACCGAUGAUGCCUGCCUACAACCACGAUGCAUGACUUCAUAUCAUACCCUGCAGGGAUUGCGCGCAGAAAAAAUAAUAAUUCCGGUCAAUCGGUCUGAAUACUUUACGUUCGACGUUGCAGGAAUACAAAUAGGGGACGGAAUGAGGACCAAAUGCUGCGGUAUCGUUGGGUGAUGUGUGCUGCAUGAAUCGUAUUGAUCAAAACUGUAUUGAGUCUUCAGGGAUUUAGCAGUUUGUCAUACUAUGCAGUCAUGGGCUAAUACUGAUGAGAACCGUUUUUUGGAUGUCGGUGUGUGGACUUUUGGGUGUGUGGAAUUGCGGAGUCUUCCUCCCCUCCGCUCGGCAAUGAAAGCGCGCGAGGGUCGUGCUGUGACGGUUUCGUAAUUUACAUUUCAUUUGCUUUUGAGUAAUUUAGCAGAUGCUCUUAUCCAGAGCGAUGUACUGUAGUGAGUGGAUACAUUUUCAUAUUAAUUGUAAGGAUGUAACCAUCCAAGCAGCGACAAGGCUGCAAUAAGAUGCACAGGUGUACGACUUCUAGCACUGGAUGAGACGCAAAACUAAUGUAGCCUAGACGUCAAUAUGGAAUUGUCCCCCACAACAUCGCACUUUUUAUUUUCAUUAUUUUUUUAAAUAAAGUGUUUGGGUAACAUAUUCGCUCCGUAAUAUAUGUUUGUAUGACCAACUAUUGGAGUUGUGUAACGUUUUUAUUCCAUGGCCUAUAUAACAACAUUCGGCAACAUUUCUGCAUACAGAGCUUCAUGUUUGUUUGGAUUAUAAUUAAUUAAAACGAACUUCUCCUGGAAAUAUAUCAUCCACCAUAGUUGCGUUUGUUGUUAUCGUAUAUCUCCCAUGUGACUUUUCUUCCUAUUUCAUUGAUUUUAAGUGAUUUUCAGAGCAUUUUACCAUCUGCUGCCAAAUUUAUCCAAAGUCAUGAAUAGGCCUAUGCAUCACAUUUCAACAGUAUCCUGGACACACAUUUGUUCUACCGUAGUGGACUUUCAACUGGACACAUUUAAUUGACUUUAACGUCCUCUGAUUGUUACCUUACCUCUAGAAUGAACCCGUCGCUGAUUUACCAUGCGUUUCAUAGACCUGCCGCAGAAGAAAACAUUGUAACAAAUGUAACAACAUUUUAACAAGAACAAUAGCCUAAUUCUUUAAAAGUUUAGGGUCGAGUUGGCUUUCAUGAGAAACUUUAAGCAGGCGCGUGUGUGGUUCUGUGCGUUGCUUUUUCUAUUAUUUUUAUCUGAGAAAUACCAUGUCCCGAUCGAACAGUGUUAGCCCGCCGGGAGUCGGUGCGCCUGGGCUGAGGGGAGGGACUGAACUGAGAUCAGCUUGGGGCGAGUCUGAGUAUAUUGCCAACGGAUGCCCAUACUCGGCUAAAUCUCCGAGCAAAAAGCUCGCCCGUUCGAACAGCAGAUGGACUGAAGGAGAUAAUGAUCCCGACCGACAGCCCAGACCAGGACGAGCCACGACAAUGGUUAGCAGGGUCAGUUUUAGGUCUAGGUCUGCGUGGCAAGAGCAUGGCACUGGAGAGGAGAGCCGAAACAACAAACAAACGUCCCCUAAACACGCAGAUGGAGCCGUGGAAGUGAGACCCAUAUCGGUGGAGUUGGGCUUGGAUGACCGUAGAGUGAAGGGCACCAAACCCGAGGAGGAGGAACUCAUGCCCGAAGUUCACAUUUCCAUGGUCGCGUGCUGCAGCAGCACGAUGCAGAUUUUCAGAUCCAAGAAAUUCCAAUCGGAGAAGUUGGAGAGGCUGUACCAGCGUUACUUUUUCCGGCUCAACCAGAGCAGUUUGACCAUGCUCAUGGCCGUUUUGAUGCUCCUGUGCGCGGUCAUGCUGACAUUCCAUUGCGCGGGGGGAGGAUGCCGGAUAGCUUACGUUGUGGUCUUUUCCUUGGCCAUCUUACUUAUCCUCAUCUUGAUGGUGGUGUGCAAUCGGAACGGGUUUCAUCAGGAUCACAUGUGGAUAGUCUGCUAUGUGGUCAUUCUAGUCGUGCUGGUAUUACAAGUGAUCGGGGUCCUCCUCGUACAUCCGCAAAGUGCCUCUGAGGGAAUUUGGUGGACAGUGUUUUUUAUCCAUGUCAUUUACACACUGCUCCCGGUUCGGAUGCGGGCUGCGGUUAUCACUGGAGUUAUACUGUCUGCCAUCCAUGUGGUCGGGUCUUGGAAGUUAAACGAAAAGGAUGCCUUUUUAUGGAAGCAGAUAGUGUCCAACGUCCUGAUCUUCUCCUGUACUAACAUCGUGGGCGUGUGUACCCACUACCCAGCCGAGGGCUCCCAGAGACAAGCCUUCCAGGAGACCAGGGAAUGCAUACAGGCUCGCCUCCACUCACAGAGGGAGAACCAGCAGCAGGAGCGUCUCCUGCUCUCCGUGCUUCCCCGUCAUGUUGCCAUGGAGAUGAAAGCUGACAUUAACGCCAAGCAGGAAGACAUGAUGUUUCACAAGAUCUACAUCCAGAAGCACGACAACGUCAGUAUCCUGUUUGCAGAUAUUGAAGGGUUUACCAGUCUCGCGUCCCAGUGUACUGCCCAGGAGCUGGUGAUGACUCUCAAUGAACUGUUUGCCCGCUUCGACAAGCUGGCUGCGGAAAACCACUGCCUGCGUAUUAAGAUCCUGGGAGACUGCUACUACUGUGUGUCUGGGCUGCCAGAGGCCCGGGCCGACCACGCAUCCUGCUGUGUGGAGAUGGGGGUGGACAUGAUCGAGGCCAUCUCGCUGGUGAGAGAGGUGACGGGGGUCAACGUGAACAUGCGUGUGGGAAUCCAUAGCGGCAGGGUCCACUGUGGGGUGCUGGGACUCAGGAAGUGGCAGUUUGAUGUGUGGUCCAACGAUGUCACGUUAGCCAAUCACAUGGAGGCCGGGGGGGCGGCAGGGCGGAUCCACAUCACCAAGGCCACUCUGAACUACCUGAGUGGAGACUAUGAGGUAGAGCCAGGAUCAGGAGGAGCAAGGAACGUCUAUCUGAAGAAACACAACAUAGAAACCUACCUCAUCGUGGGCUGCAGCCAGAGAAGGAAAGAUGAGAAGGCGAUGAUAGCCAAGAUGAACCGUCAGCGAGCCAACUCUGUCACCCACAACAUGGGCCCCUGGACCGACCGGCCCUUCUACAACCACAUGGGAGGAAACCAGAUCUCUAAGGAGAUGAAGAGGAUGGGAUUUGAAGACCCCAAGGACAAAAACACGCAGGAAAACCUGAACCCAGAAGACGAGGUGGACGAGUUCCUAGGCAGAGCCAUCGACGCCAGGAGUAUCGACCGGCUACGCUCGGAACACGUCAAGAAGUUCCUGCUGACCUUCAGAGAACCAGACCUGGAGAAGAAGUACUCCAAACAAGUGGACUCCAGAUUUGGAGCGUACGUGGCCUGCGCCUCCCUCGUCUUCCUCUUCAUCUGUUUCAUCCAGAUUGUCAUUGUACCACACUCCACUCUGAUGAUUGGGUUCUAUGUCACCUGUCUGAUCAUCCUGAUGGCUGUCAUGUUUGUCUCAGCAAUCUACUCCUGUUUUGGGUUUUUCCCAGCGUCUCUACAGACUCUGUCCAAGAUGAUAGUCCAGUCCAGACUCAACAGCACCCUGGUGGGAGUCUUCACCAUCCUCCUGGUCUUUCUCUCUGCCUUCAUCAACAUCUUCACCUGCAGUACUGGAGACCUGAGGGAGUGUCUGAGCUGGGAACUGAACAUCAGUCGCAGCAGUGUGAACGCCUGCCAUGCACGCAGCCUCAACUACACCCUUGAAUCACUGGACGGCUUCUGUGGCAGCCCCUCACCCAACUGCAACUUCCCUGAGUACUUCUCUUCCUGUGUGUUGUUGACCCUGCUGGCCAGCUCGGUUUUCCUACAGGUCAGCAGUAUAGGUAAACUCCUACUCAUGCUCUUCAUCGAGAUCUUCUACAUCCUCAUCAUGGAGGUGCCAGAGGUCAGCCUGUUCGACAACGUAGACCUGCUGGUCAUGGCCAACGCUAUUGAGCACAUAAAUGGAACAAGCUGUGUGAUGGACUCUAAGGUCCCUCUGAAGAUCAUGACUCCCGUGGUCAUCACUGUCUUCGUCCUGGCUUUGUAUCUACACGCCCAGCAGGUGGAGUCCACAGCCAGACUCGACUUCCUCUGGAAACUACAGGCCACAGAGGAGAAAGAGGAGAUGGAGGAGCUACAGGCUUACAACCGUCGCCUCCUCCACAACAUCCUUCCCAAAGACGUGGCUGCUCACUUUCUGGCGCGAGAGCGUCGGAACGACGAGCUCUACUACCAGUCCUGUGAGUGUGUGGCCGUCAUGUUCGCCUCGAUCUCCAACUUCUCUGAGUUCUACAUAGAGCUGGAGGCCAACAACGAAGGAGUGGAGUGUCUCAGGCUGCUCAACGAGAUCAUUGCAGAUUUUGACGAGAUCAUCAGUGAGGACCAGUUCCGCCAGUUGGAGAAGAUAAAGACCAUCGGCAGUACCUACAUGGCAGCCUCUGGCCUCAACGACUCUACCUACGACAAGGAAGGCCGCUCACACAUCAGAGCCCUCGCAGACUACGCCAUGAGACUCAUGGAUCAGAUGAAGUACAUUAACGAACACUCCUUCAAUAACUUCAAGAUGAAGAUCGGUCUGAACAUGGGUCCGGUGGUGGCUGGGGUGAUCGGGGCCAGGAAGCCCCAGUAUGACAUCUGGGGGAAUACCGUCAACGUGGCCAGCCGCAUGGACAGCACCGGUGUACCUGAGCGGAUCCAGGUGACCUCUGACCUGUACAACGUGCUGAACUCCUAUAACUACACACUAGAGUGCCGAGGCCUCGUCAAGGUGAAGGGUAAAGGAGAAAUGCAGACCUACUUCCUCACUGGAGGACCUCCCAGCAGUUAACACCCAGGCUGUGUCCCAAAUGGAAACCUAUUCCCUAUAUAGUACACUACUUUUGACCAGGGACAUGGCUCUGUUGAAAAGUAGUGCACUAUAUAGGAAGUUGGGUGCCAUUUCAGACACAGCCUAUUCAGAAGUAGCCCCAGUAACAGACUGACACUGGUGCAGGAAAAGGCUGAGAGGAGAGGGGUGAUUGGACUAAAGGGGGCUGACCCCCCCCCAAGUCUUUGACGAGCAGGCUCAUGGACCUGUGUUAGCUUGGGGAACUGACUGCCACCCACCAACACCCCUUGUCCUAGGUUUAUCUCCUCCCUACCUGCAGAGGUCAGCCUCCGAUUGGACCAGAGUGAAGGAGACCCCACCCAGCCUCCUCUCGGCUUGGGGGAAAGAGACAGGGAGGAGCUUAGAGGGCCUGGGUUCACUGAAGAGACCAAAGAAAUCCCAUCAGACUAAAGCAGAGAGACACAUUGUGACAGCAGCAUUCUCUCAAGGUCUUAUUUCUAUAGGUCAUAGUGUGAGUUAAGGAACGGCUAAAAGCCAAUCAACUCGCAGUACUGUAGAUCUCUAAGGUUUUCUGAGGAAAUCGAUCCAAUAUGUGUGUCUUCAUAGACAUUCUGCUGAAAGAUCCAUGUCGCUCUAAACAAAACCUGCAUGAAGACACUGAAACCCAUAUAAACACGUAAAACAUUCUGAAAGUAUUCAGGCCCCUUCGCCUUUUCCACAUUUUAUUGUGUUAGACUUUCUAAAAUUGAUUAAAUAAAACAUGUCCUCAUCAGUCUACACACAAUACCCCAUAACGACAAAGCGAAACCAGGUUUUUAGAAAUGUUUGCAAAUGUAUUCAAAAUAAAACCUUAUUUACGUAAGUAUUGAGACCCUUGAGAUAAGGUAAAUCCUGUUUCCAUUGAUCAUCCUUGAGAUGUUUUUCAACUUGGAGUCCACCUGUGGUAAAUCCAAUUGAUUGGACGUGAUUUGGAAAAGGCACACACCUGUCUAUAUAAGAUCCCAAAGUUGACAGUGCAUGUCAGAGCAAAACCCAAGCCAUGAGGUUGAAGGAAUUGUCCGUAGAGCUCUGAGACAGGAUUGUGUCGAGGCACAGAUCUGGGGAAGGGUAGCAUAACAUUUCUGCAGCAGUGAAGGUCCUCAAGAACACAGUGGCCUCAAACAUUAUUAAAUGGAAGAAGUUUGGAACCACCAAGACUCUUCCUUAGAGCUGGCCACCCAGCCAAACUGAGCAAUCGGGGUAUCUCCAAGCGGGCUGUCAAAAGCCACCUAGUGGACUCUCAGACCAUGAGAAAAAAUAUUAUUUGGCCUGAAUGCCAAGCAUCAUGUCUGGAGGAAACCAGGCACCGCUCAUCACCUGGCCAAUACCAUCCCUACGGUGAAGUAUGGUGGUGGCAGCAUCAUGCUGUGGCGAUGUUUUUCAGCGGCAGCGACUGGGAGACUAUUCAGGAUCGAGGGAAAGAUGACCGGAGCAAAGUACAGAGAGAUCCUUGAUGAAAACCUGGUCCAGAGCACUCAGGACCUCAGACUGGGGCGAAGGUUUACUUUUCAACAGGACAACGACAUUAAGCACACAGCCAAGGAGUGGCUUUGGGACAAGUCUCUGAAUGUCCUUGAGUGGCCCAGCCAGAGCACGGACUUGAACCUGAUCAAACAUCUCUGGAGACCUGAAAAUAGCUGUGCAGCCACGUUCCCCAUCCAACCUGACAGAGCUUGAGAUGAUCUGCUGAGAGAAAAAAAUGGGAGAAAAAUGGGAGAACUCCCCAAAUAUUGGUGUGCCAAGUAUGCAGCGGAAUACUUAUGUAAAUGUGAUAUUCCCAUUUUCCCCCCCAAAAAAUUCCAAACCUGCUUUUUGCUUUGUCCUUAUGGCUUAUUGUGUGUAGAUUGAUGAGGGGGGAAAACUAUUGAAUCCAAUUUUAGAAUAAGGCUGUAUGUAACAGAAUGUGGAAAGGUCUAGGGGUCAGAAUACUUUCUGAAUGUACUGUAAUAUACAGUACCAGUACAGUACACCUACUCAUUCAAGAUUUGCUUCAUUUUCACUAUUUUCUGCAUUGUACAAUAAUAGUGAAAACAUCAAAACUAUGAAAUAACACAAAGGGAAUCAUGUAGUAACCAAAAUAAUUGUUAAACAAAUCAAAAUAUAUUUUAGAUUCUUCAAAGUAGCCACCCUUUGACUUGAUGACAACUUUGCACACUCUUGGCAUUCUCUCAACCACCUUCACAAGGAAUCCUUUUCCAACAGGGGUUCCCACAUAUGCUGAGCACUUGUUGCCUGCUUUUCCUUCACUCUGCAGUCCAACUCAUCCCAAACCAUCUCAAUUGGUUUGAGGUCGGGUGAUUGUUGAGGUCAGGUCAUCUGAUGCAGCACUCCAUCACUCUCCUUCUUGGUUAAAUAGCCCUUACACAACCCUUACACAGGAGGUGUGUUGGGUCAUUGUCCUGUUGAAAAACAAAUGAUAGUCACACUAAGCGCAAAGCAGAUGGGAUGGUAUAUCGCUGCAGAAUGCUGUGGUAGCCAUGCUGGUUAAGUGUGCCUUGAAUUCUAAAUAAAUAGGAACCACACAUGGGGUGAACAUCUCACAAAGACACGGCGGUUGGAACCAAAAAUCUCAAAUAUGGACUCAUCAGACCAAAGGACAUAUUUCCACCAGUCUAAUGCCCAUUGCUUAUGUUUCUUGGCCCAAGCAAGUCUCUUAUUAUUUGUGUCCUUUAGUAGUGGUUUCUUUGCAGCAAUUCGACCAUGAAGGCUUGACUCCUCUGAACAGUUGAUGUUGAGAUGUGUCUGUUACUUGAACUCUGUGAGGUGCAGUUAAUUGUCGAUUUCUGAGGCUGGUAACUCUGCUGCGGAGGAUAAGUUCAUUAGAGGUAACUCUGGGUCUUCCUUUCCUGUGGCGGUGCUCAUGAGAGCCAGUUUCAUCAUAGCGCUUAAUGGUUUUUGCGACUGCACUUCAAGAAAUGUUCAAAGUUCUUUAGAUUUUCCAUAUUGACUGACCAUGUCAGUAAUGACUAACUGUAAUUUAUCUUUGCUUAUUUCAGCUGUUCUUGGCAUAAUAUGGACUUGGUCUUUUACCAAAUAGAGCUAUCUUCUGUAUACCACCCCUACCUUGUCACAACACAACUGAUUGGCUCAGACGCAUUAAGGAGGAAAGAAAUUCCAAAUUAACUUAACGAGGCACACCUGCUAAUUGAAAUGCAUUCCAGAUGACUACCUCAUGAAGCUGGUUGAGAGAAUGCAAAGCUGUCAAGGCAAAAGGGUGACUACUUUGAAGAAUCUCAAAUAUAAAAUAUGUUAUGAUUUUAACACUUUUCUGGUUACUACAUGAUUCCAUGUGUUAUUUCUUAGUUUUGAUGUCUUCACUAUUAUUCUACAAUGUAGAAAAUAGUACAAAUAAAGAAAAACCCUUGAAUGAGUAGGUGUGUUCAAACUUUUGAUUGGUACUUUAUAUAUACAUACAGUACAUGUGGAAAAAAGUGUUUUUUUGUUCAUACAGUCCAUGUAUGCUGUCUUUGUAUACUUGAGUGGUACAGAUAUUACAAUUCUCCAAACCAUGGGUACACUAUGUACUAACAUUGCCAGCCAGCACAGAAGCACUAUCAAACCCUUUACUGGAGUUGGUCAGAUAGGAAGGAGCAGUGUGUUUCAUCUCUAGUAGGGAGCCUUGGUGGGCCGUGUUAACCUGGCUGGCUACUUGAACGACCAGUGAGACUGCUCUGUUCAGUGUGAGUUUACAGAGCUCGACACUACACAACACACAUCAUGCAAACACAGGGGCAAAAACACACAGACAUACGCUAGACACACAUACAUGCACAUAGACACACAUGCUUUAACUGACGACACUUUCAACCGAGGAUGUCAACGAAAAGUUUUGUAUUUGACAUUUUGUAUUUUGACUCAAACACCAAACCCUAUCAGAUAUUUUAGAUUCUAUAUUUUGUACAUUAAUAUAUUAGAGAGAAGUAUCUAUAAAUAAAGAUGUAUUUGGAUGUACAUAGCUGACCGGGACCUAUCACAAUCAUGCAAGGGGUGGACGAUUCCUUUUCUGUCCCAUCACUGUAUUCUUCAUUCUUUCUAGUUCACCUGCUUUUUCCACACAUUUGGUUUGAAUAUCAAGCAGUUGCCUGCACUUGUGGCAAGGCAUCCCCUGACAUUGUCUUUUAGAUGAAUAACCCCCUGCAGUCAGUCAUGUCAUAGACAGAGACUGAUUUGGCGCUCUAUGAAGCCAUCCCACCAACCCUGGCUCAAUCAGAUGUUACGACUCAAUGAAUGUCCAAUUUUCUCCAAUGAGGCCUUUAUACUUCUCUACACUGAUGAUGACAUCAUCCUUAUGUUAAACAAUAUGAGGAACAGCUUGUGGGAGUCCAUGUGGAGAUGUUUCAUUUUUACCUUGGACCUGCUGGAUAUUGUUAUCCCCAUUGGGGUUGCACAAUUCCAGUAACGCUGCAAAAAUUCCCGGGUUUUUCUAAAAUACUGGUUGGAAGAUUCCCGGAAUCAGGAGGGAAUAAGCAGGAAAUCCAGUAAACUUCCAACAGAGAUUUCUAGAAAACCUGGGAAUUUGGGGAGUGACUGGAAUUUUACAAACCCUAUCCCCCUUCUUCUGUUUCUGGUAGAGCAGCCCCAUCAGUGUAACAGCAUACUGUAGUAUCUUCAUCUGUUUCUGUUAGAGCAGCCCCAUCAGUGUAAC